UCAUUUUUGUCUUGGAUCUUGACAUCUUGCUUGACAGCAACAUAAAGUCUGUUCUUUCGAUCGACGGCUUGUUUGCCUUGGAGCUCUGUCCUGCCAGCUAGCUAGUAGAGCCAGACUAGUAGCCAGUGUUGCCGUUAGCUUUACCAUCCAGUUUGUUGUAGUAGUACGGUAGUACAUCAACCUAGACAGAAUCAAAAUGAGCGCCGAUUUGCUCAACCUCGGUGGCGACGUCGACCCCAUUGUCGCGACAGUGCCCAACAUUAAUAUUUCCAAUCGUGGCCAUUACACGGACGUUGCCACAGACAGCCGCGAUGUGAGUGUGGACGGAGAUAGCCGUGAGACGACGGACGACGAUGAAAGUGAAUUUGACGGUCCCCCGUUGAAAAAGGUGGUGCGUCGUGCCUGCAAGAAAUACGACAUGGGAACGGCCGUCAUGCCCAAAUUGCUGUUGCAUCCGGAUGUGGACGAAGUCGUGCAAGUACUCGAAGAAAACGAUGAUGGCUAUCAGUUGGCUCCUUCGGCACCACAACAAUCUCGUUACGCGCGAUUUGUGGAAACGGAAUUUACGGCCAUUGUGAUUGAACACCAUUUGAAAUGGGCGCCGCUUUGCACGUCCGAACCAGGGCCCUUGCCGGACGGAAUUCCCGUCACGGAUCGAUUGGGCCGCUACGAUUUUGGAGUGGUCGAUGAAAUGGUCGAUUGGGCGUUGGAACGCAACAUUAAAGUCAAGGGACACGUCUUGAUUUGGGCCGUCACGAGUCCCACGCCUUUUUUGGAGACGAUGACGGCCGCGCAACUCCGAGAAGCCAUGCGACGACACAUUUUCACCACCAUGGGACAUUUCCGAGGACGCAUCUUUGUAUGGGACGUGGUCAAUGAAGCACUGGCGCCGGAUGGGACACUGGCACCCAACAUUUUUCUACGCAAGUUGGGACCAACCUACAUUGAAGAAUGUUUCCAAUGGGCCCAUCAAGCCGAUCCUGACGCCAUUUUGCUAUACAAUGACAACAAGGUAGAAGGUAUGGGCAUUGAUUCCCCCAAUCACCUCAAGAGUGAAGGAUUCUACAAUCUGCUCCGGGAUCUCACUCAUCGCAAAAUUCCUGUCCACGGCUGUGGCAUUCAGGCACAUUUCAAUGCCGCCGGUGUGGGACGCAACCGCGUCCCGACGCCUCGCAUGGUCCAACAACAGAUUCAUCGAUUGGGAGAAUUGGGAUUGCGCGUCAAUAUUAGUGAAAUGGAUGUCCGCGUCUCUAAAUUGGCACCCAAUCUGCGGCAGAUUGCCCAACGACAGAUUUAUCACGAUAUUUUAGCAGCCGCCUUGUCGGAAGCCUGUUUUGACGGAAUUUGGCUCUGGGGAUUUACCGAUCGACACACGUGGGUGCAUUCCUUUUAUUACGAUGAUGAACCACUCGUUUUUGACGAAGAUUUUGACCGAAAGGAAGCCUAUUAUGGCCUCCGGGAAGCCUUAUUGUCCGUGACACCAGGAGGGAUUGUUGGAGGACGUGGGGUGGUUUUGGACGAUGAUGUAGAUUCCGAUGGAAAUCCGUGGGGACAUUUGUGGAUGCAGCCAGAACCAGAAGAAACCGAAGAAACUGCAGGAGGAGACCCAACCAAACGAGAUAGCAAUGCCAUGCCAGAUUGGGAACAACCAGUCGUGUAGUUUGAUUUGGCAUGACACUAAUGAAGCGAUCGAUCCCGGAGAUUGGGAAAGAAUUCAAUUGUCGAGAGAGAAAUUGAUGUUAUGUAGAACCCCCUAUUGAAGGAAUGUCAACAACUAUCUCAUUCUUGGGUUGAUCGUGUGGUUGGUCGUGGAGUUGAGUAGUUUGUGGCAAACAUCACAACAGUUUUUGCUAUCAACUCGUUUUUGAUUAUGCUACCAGUACUGAUUUCUCUGGAGAUGUCCCCUGGGAUACCGUCGCCAUGGUAGAGAUCACCGUGGAGAAUACAAUGAACGCAGCAGGGUGCUGCUGUUGCUGGCGCGCCGCCUAAAAAUCUACAAUGCGUCCGUGUUUUUGUGGUUUG